UUGAUCACUGCAGAUGGGAGUUUUGAUUGCCAAGGAAACCCAGGUGAACAAGAAGCUUUAGUCUCUUCUUUGCAUUACUGUGAAGUUGUCACUGCUCUGAUGACUCUUGGAAAUGGUGGCUCUUUUGUUCUGAAGAUGUUUACUUUGUUUGAACAUUGUUCCAUAAACUUGAUGUACCUGCUAAACUGUUCCUUUGACCAAGUCCAUGUUUUCAAACCUGCUACUAGCAAGGCAGGAAACUCAGAAGCCUAUGUAGUAUGUCUCCACUAUAAGGGAAGAGAGGCAAUCUAUCCUGUGUUGUCUAAGAUGGUGCUGAAUUUUGGGACUGAAAUGACCCAGAAAGCUCUCUUUCCCCAUCAUGUGAUUCCUGAAUCUUUUCUUAAAAGACACGAAGAAUGUUGUAUGUUCUUUCAUAAAUACCAGCUAGAGACUAUUUCUGAGAACAUUCGUCUGUUUCAGUGCAUGGGAAAAGGGGAACAAACAAAACUGAAUAAUUUAAGGGACUGUGCUGUUCAAUAUUUUAUGGAAAAGUUUCAGUUAAAGCCUCUUUCCAGAAAUAAUUGGCUAGUAAAAAAAUCAAAUAUUGGUUGUAGUACAAAUACAGAAUGGUUUGGGCAGAGGAACAGAUAUUUUAAAACCUAUAAUGAAAGGAAAAUGCUGGAAACCCUUUCAUGGAAAGAUAAGGUGGCCAAAGGAUACUUUGAUAUUUGGGCAGAAGAACAUGCAGUGUAUCAUUCUGGGCAAAGUUCUCUCUUAGAAGGGACAGCUUCCCAUCUUGAGUGUCACUUAUGGCCUAUUUUAGAGGGAAAGAAACUGCCAAAGGUAAAGUGUUCUCCUUUCUGUGAUGGUGAAAUUUUAAAGGCUCUUAAUGAAGCAAUUGAAAAGUCAUUAGAAGGAGCCUUGAAUUUGGAUUCCAAGUUCUGGCCCAAAGAGCAUUGUUCCUGUCACAUUUUUACUGAAGAACUGAUAUUUUCUGAGUUGUUUGGCCUUACCAAGUGCCUUCAGAAUGAGCAGGUCGUAGAACCCAGCAACCAAAUAAAGUGCCUGCUUGUGGGCUCUCCACCCCUCAGUGAUAUCAAAAUGCUUAUACCACUGGAAGUUCAGCUCUUGGAAUCAGCUGAACUCAUGGCUUUCAGCUGUUCAUUGCUUCAUGAUGGAGACCCCAUUUACCAGCAGCUAUUUUUGGACUGCCUUCUACAUGCACUGCCACAGCUUCAGACAGGAGAUGCUAUGAUUUUGCCUGUACUUUCUUGUUUUACAAGAUUUAUGGCUGGUUUGAUCUUUGUGCUCCACAACUGUUUUAGAUUCAUCACAUUUUCUUGUCCCACCUCCUCUGAGCCCCUGAAGACCUGUGCAGUCCUGCUGUGUGUGGGUUACCAGGAACUUCCGAAUCCAGUUUUCCAGUAUCUGCAGAAUGUGAAUGAAUUGUUGAGCUCUUUUCUUAACUCCGAUACACCCCAGCAGGUUUUACAGUUUGUGCCAAUGGAGGAGCUCCUUAAGGGGGCACUACUUGAUUUUUUGUGGGAUUUGAAUGCUGCCAUUGCCAAAAGGCGUUUGCAUGUAAUUAUUCAAGGAGAGAAGAAAUCAGCAGCCUUCAGCUAUGAAAUUGAAACAUGUCCUUUCUGAGAUUUAACUUUCUGGCUUCUAAUGGUUUCCAUUGUUAUUGCAUUCCUUUGCUAUUAAUUAAAAACCUUUCAUUUGGGGGAAAGGCCAACCUUUGCAUCA